CCUGUAAAACCUACCUAUAAUAAACGAGGCAUCUAUAUCAGGUACAGGUAUGUUUACAUGUAUCCUAAUUAGACUACCGAGUCAUCCCAGAACCUGGAGAUAGAAUUGAUGGCAGCUGUUGACGGAAUGUGCCUUUACAAGGACAUAUUACCUUAUAUGUGGACCAGCAGAGUGAAAUGCCUAAUUACCUACCAAGGAUAACAAGGAGCUAUGAUCAUUAAUAUCAUGUACAUCAUAUUCCUGUAUGUGCAUAAACCAAGAACAUUCUGUUUUGAUUCAGUUUCUAUUUUUUUCUCACACAAAUUGGGAUGUAGAGCAGAACAGUGAAUAAUAUCAGGCAGACAGAAUUUAAUACAACUCACCGAAUUUCAAGCAGGAUUUCAGUGUUUGGAAUGGAAUUUGUGUACAAACAACAUCAAUUUGUGUCAUUAUUUUCAUCAGCGUCACAAAUUAUUACACCAGGAAGUCCAGUUUGUGGAUUUAUAUAAAAAAUACAACAGUCUGUGACGCAUCAGGAGUAAGGUUACAUUAAGCUUUCCAGCACAUUGAUGUUUUAUCCUGCAGGCUCCACUUUCUGUCCUAUAAACAAUCAUUGUUUGUUUACGACGGAUUCCUGGGGAUGUAGCAGUUGUCAGACUUGUAGAUAUCAGGUCUCAGUGUCCUACAAGCAAUGUACAUAAUCAGUGGAGCUUUAAGGCUCUAGGCUGGAUUGUCUCGUCAAAAGUACAGACAUAUUAGUACAGUCCUGUGUCAAAUCAGUGACUCCAAGACUCUGUUGUUUUCUGUCCUCAACACUUAUGUUAACUUACUGGAAUAGUUAAAGAUCAAAUUCAAUAGUGCAAAAUUGAUUUGAUAUCUGGAUAAGAUGGGCAAUUGCUAUUAAUCCGUUUGUGUAUUUUGGAUUUUAUAACUGUCAUUUGAUUGGCUAAUUUAUUAUAAGCUGUUGUUUGAUUGGCUGGUGAUCAUGGGAGGUUGUCUUGGUUGUCGACGUUACGAUCCGUCGGAGGAGAGAGGGGUUGAGGUUCUACACUAUGCUCCUACUGACAUUGUCCAAGCGAUGGUCCCAGAAGUCAACCAGCGUCAGUGUAAAAAUCGUGUGUCUACAAGAGUUGUCAAUUUCCCUGAACUGAACAUCUGUAUCUCCAAGGAAACUAACAUUGAUAAGCAGAAGCGGUGCAACCUGCAUAAAUCAUCUGAAGGUCAUAUCAGGGAGAGGUUCACAUUUGGUCACUUUCCAAAGUGGAAAGGGUACAAGAUGUGUUAUCAUUGUGAAACGGAGGUAAGCAGAGGAACGCGCCAUGCUCAGGAAAACCGACGGAAAGUUGUGGAGCACAAGCCAUUUUGUAAAAAGUGCAGUGUUGCCUUGGGUUUAAAUAACAAACGUUCAACAGCUGAUGGGCAGAAUCUCAGCUUUACAACCCUUUCUCACCUGCUAGCAUUGACUGCCCUAGAUCUGACAGCACCAGCCAGUGAUGCCUUACUGAAGAACAGGAAGAAUGCCUGGAUACAACUGGCUGGCCAUCCAGGGUCAUUUGCACCGGCAGGCCCCAACACAAUUUGGAAACGUCGGAUCACAAAAGACAACACGGAGACAAAGGCCUACGAGAGCCUGAUGGAGGAUACAGCUCGUGACAUAGUCCCGAUCUACUACCGUGAAGUGGAGUACAACUCAGAGUUCUUUAUAGAAAUGGAGGAUCUUCUCCAGCAUUUCACCAACCCAAACAUCAUGGACAUCAAGAUUGGCAAAAGAACGUUCCUGGAGUCGGAGGUGAAGAACCCGGUGCAGCGUAAAGAUCUGUACGAGAAAAUGGUUGGACUCGACCCAAACGCUCCCACGGAGAUUGAACGGGAAAAUAAGGCCAUUACGAAACUCAGAUACAUGCAGUUUCGGGAGCAGGAGAGUUCUACAGCAGAGUUUGGAUUUAGAAUUGAAGCAUUGCGGCUUGCAGGUGAAUCUCCCGAGACUAAUCUCAAGAAAGUGAAAACAAAACAGCAGAAUUUGCGUCUGCUGGCAAAGUACCUAAGGAACAAUGAGAAAGCCUUGUGUGGGAUAUGUGAAAAACUGAGGUCUAUACGGAAGAAGUUUGAGAGGUCGUCAUUCCUGAUGUCACACGAGAUGAUUGGCAGUUCUUUGUUGGUGAUGUAUGACGAUGAAGGACAUACAGGCGUAUGGAUGAUAGAUUUUUCAAAGGCUGUUGCAGUAGAAGAGGGCAUUACGUUGACCCACAGAAAACCAUGGGUGCUAGGCAACCACGAAGAUGGCUACCUAUCAGGAUUAGACAGCCUUAUCAAGAUAUUAGAAGAAUUAGAAUUUCCAAAAUCAAGUGAAAGUUCUGCAACUCAGACUUUUCCAUCACAUUCCGCUACGGAUCGGUGACAUUAAUUGUGUCCUUGUGACCUUGGUGAAGGUCAUAGAGUGAUGAUGAAGAGGUCAAGAGGCAGCAAUGACCUUAGCAACACAGGCUGUGAUAACAAACGUGUGGCAUUUGUGUGUUGUUUGUCACAUGGAGGAGCAAAUUAUAUUUGCUGUGUUGGAAGUUGCUGUCAGACGAGCAAGUAACAAAAGUUGCCUAAAGCUUUGUUCAAUGG